UCUCUCUCUCUCUUUUCAGUAAAUCUUUUAUGAAGUGCGUGCACAGAGCAUCACCGGAGCUGAAAGGAUAGAUAACGGAUAGGUGUGUGUGUGUGUGUGUGUGUGUGUGUAGAGUGCUGCAGUUGCAGUGAUGAUGAUGAUGAUGAUGAUGAUGGUGAUGAUGAUGCUCGAACCGGAAGGCAGCAGCAGCUCUAGCAGCUCCUAAAUUCAGUGAACACCGGAGGACAGCGCCAGGCUGCAGGAGCGCGCGACGCUUGGGUUGGGUUGGGUUGGGUUAGGGUGACUCGCGGUUCCGGUUCGGUUCGGACAGAUGUCUCAGUCACGGAAACGGAAAUGGCUUCCGGAUCCAGCUCGAGGACUGCGCGAGGAGGAGAGCAAGAAGAAGAGGAAGACUUCGUGGACCGCGCGUGGAGGUGCCUCCGCGCCUGGCGCUCCUCCGGGGCGCGUGUAGUAGGCGCGAGAGCGGGCGCGUGCCUGCGGCGGCGGAGCGGCAGAGGCGCGCGCGUGGGAGGCAUGCUCGCGGUGUUGGUGCUGCUCCUGCUGCACGGUGCGCUCGCCGACCCCGAUGAAAUGAAUUACGAAGCGUCUGGAUCAUUGGCAUCAUCUCUGGACCAAGGAACCCUUUCCAGCUUGUCUCUUCGGCCAUCUGGUUUGCUUAUGAUAGAUGAGGCUCCAGAUUCGCUCGUCCAUUCUGAUCCUACAAGUCGACAAAGGGACAUGAGAGAGAAGUCUCUAUCAGCCGGAACAGCUGCCAAACCACAGAUCACUCUUCAUUCAGGCUCCACUCUGGAGAGUCUCAUUAAGAGCCUCAACCAAACUAAGCUUUCACCUGCAGAAGGUUCUAUUCAGAGAGCAGAGCCAUCUUUUAUGGUCCCUUCCUCUGCUGUGGUGCACAUUAGAAACCAGUCCUCUACUUCAGAGAAAUCUACACCGAACCAGUGGACGUCUGGUCUUCCGUCUUCUGUCCUGACAUCUCAAGACCCCAGGCUUCAUGCGAAAGGAAAUGACUCUGAUUUACCUCCAUUCCAAAUGAUAAGUCCUACAUUCCCAAACAAAACUGGAAACACAUCGGUCUAUUCAGAACUUCUUACCCAGGAACUACCAGAUAGCAAUGUCCCUCAACUGACCACCAUUACCACCACGACUGCCUCCACAACCACUACCACAACUACACAACUGACCAGCAUAACUCAGUUAACCAGCACCACUUCUGCAACAACCACAACUACUCUGAAGCCUCUCAGAACUAUAGAACCUACUGUGGCCCCUAAAUGGCCCACCUCCAGCCAACGGGUCAGGAUCAGUCCAUCCAGAACCACCACCACUACUACCACCACCACUCAAAGUUCUUCAAUCAACUGCAACAUAACCGACAGGAUGUGGGUUAAAACAGUUCUGUCCAUCCACAUCCGGAGGAACCGGCUGGACAAUAUUUUGAAACAGAACCUUCUGAAAGGUUUGACUUUGGCACUGGUGAAGGCUCUGAAUGACAGCGGUGUCCGUCCGCAGAUUGAAAGUCUGUCCACGGUGCCCAACGUGACGGUGGGUUAUUACGUAAUCCGUGGAGAUAUGGUCUACAUCACGUCCGUCGUAGUGGAGGCUCUGAGCUCCUACGGUAUGGACAGGCUGAUGGCAGAUAUCCGGCAGUUUGUGCCCAUGCUGCAGGCGGUGCCAGUCCCAGCAGCCCCCUGGAGGCCAACUCCUGCUAUUUCACUCAUGCUGAAGACAGUUUUGAGAUUUGUAGGACCAGGAGAUGAUCUGAGGUCCUGCAGGUUUGCUCAGCUGAUGGAGGAGAGACUGGAGAACGCUUUUGCUGAGGCUGAGGCUAAAGUGAUGAACUCUUACAGCACACUCAGAGUGAAGAUCCUGGGCGUGUCUCAGUCGGCCAGUUCUCCUGCAGUUUCUGUUAUAUACGUGGUGCAUAACAGAACAGUGACUCUGAACGGCACCGUGGCCAGUAACCUGCUGAGCCACCUGACUGCUGAGCUUGUGGGCUACUUCCUCUUCUACCCUCCACUCAUCACUGCAGAGCCUUUGGAGUACCACAACCUCAACACCUCAGCAGAUACCAAGGAUUUCUGGGUAAUCACAGUGAUUCAGGAUGUGGAGAACUCGUCUCUGGAGGCUCAGUACCAGAGUUUCGCCAGUCUGAUGGAGCAACGCUUGGCAGAGCUCUUUGUGGUAGCAUAUCAGCAGGGUGCCCGCUUUAAACGCGCCACCACGGUGGGCAGCUACACUGUUCAGAUGGUUGGCAUGAGGCGACUGGUAGGUCCCAAAAACCCAGUGGAACUCACCUAUUACGUGCAGUCGAAUGGAACACCACUUCCUGGAACAACUGCAGCUAAAAUCCUGAACACUGUGGACUCUCAGACCAUGGCUCUGACCCUGGGAUAUUUUGUCCAGCUCCAAGCUGACGCUGUGGUAAAGGGCCCUUCUAACAACCUCUGGAUCAUUGCUUCUGUUCUGGCUCCGAUCGGCAUCGUCACCAUCAUCAUCAUCAUCAUCACUGCUGUUCUCUGUCACAAAAACAAGAGCGACUUUAAAACCGACGGAAUUGGCAACCUGAAUCCACGUGUUAAGACGACAUACCGGAGAGACAUGAGUUAUUAUCACCAGCCUGUUCAGGGAUUCGACUAUGCGAAGCAGCAUUUGGGUCAGCUCGGCGCCGAUGAGGACAGCGCUCCUCUUCCUCAGGUUCCUCUGCCGAUCCGAGACGCCUCUCUUUCCAUGGAAAAGGUCAUCCAUCCUGACGGCACCAACUCCAAGAAGACCUUGAGCGGAGAAAUCCGGAAAAGCAGGUUGCCGAGCGAGGACGGUUCUGUGGUCAGCGUCGAGUCGGCAAGGCCCGUCUCAGUACGGGGCUCCACGGUGAAGAAAAUCACGACACAGCAAAAUCUUAUAAAGGAGGAAAGUAAAAAGAGGACGGAUCCGUAUGACACCUCAUCAGGAUCUCUGCAGCUCAUCUCUGUAAAACCCAUAGCAGCACCGCCGGCACACUCGCAACCAGCUUCUUCAGAUCGCAGUCAAGAUUCGGCCGCCCUGAACGGCGAGGUGAAUCUGGCUCUGAAGCAGAAGUCGGACAUCGAGCAUUACAGGAACAAGCUAAGGCUGAAAGCUAAGAGGAAAGGUUACUACGACUUCCCAUCAGCUGAAGGCACCGCCGGCUCCAAGGCUCAGAGACACGAGGGCGAAAAAGCCGAACACAUCCCGGCGACACGGCCGUCCAGCAGAACGCCAGAGUACGACGACGACCGGAGCUCAACGUACGUCAAGUCUCGCAGAAGACAUUCUGAGGUAAAAUAUCCAGAGUAUCGGAGCAGGCAAUCUUUAAACAGUCCGAGUCCCGGAGGAACCGAGAUGGAUCUGCUGGUGUUGAGAGAACGCCCCCGGAAAGGCAUUCGCAACAGCGGCUACGACACGGAGCCUGAAAUCAUAGAGGAGACCGAUGUGGAUGGCUUGGCCGCUCGCCAUCACUACGGCUAUGGACGGCAGGCCAAAGGUCACUCGGAGACGUCCACGCUGAGCUCCCAGCCCUCUAUAGAUGAAGUGCGUCAGCAGAUGCAUCUACUCUUAGAGGAAGCCUUCAGCCUGGCUUCUGCAGGUCAUACCUCAUCCAGCAGAAGGCAGCAGUACCAGCGACAGCACCAGGCCAUUAGCCCUUACAGCCCUGGCCCUUCUGUUCCCUACUCCGAGGGGCCAACUAGCGUGCCUGACACCAUGAACCACGCCCAAGGUGGACUGCAAUGGGUACCAGCCUAUGGCCCGGACCUCUAUCAGUGCAGCUUGGGCAAACCGACCUUCAGGUUCACUCAGCUGCCGGAGAUGGCCACAGUGUCUCCUCCUCCUCCUGUUCCUCCCAGAACAGGCCCAGCACCCAGGAGCUCACUGCAGAGGUCUUCCUCGGAUCUCGGCCCUAAAGCUCACAGCUCCGAAUCGUCGGUGCCGGAUGUGUCCAGUCAGCAGGACAGUAACACGUAUGUGCCAAUGAGCAGAGGGCCACUCGCACCCGUCACCACUGAGCCUGCACUCAACCACUCAGGAAACCCGAUGACUGCUGUGUACUCCAUCCCAGCCAGCAGGCCAGGCUACCCGGGAUACUUCAUCUCCACUCCUCCUUCGUCCUAUCACAGUCCCUCCUGGAUGUCGUAUCCCCCAGAGCCUGAGGACGUGUCCUCACCGUGGACCGAAUCUGCUCCGUUGCCAGGUUACGCUGAAGCUUUUCCGAACCCGCGUUACCCUCGAGGAAGCGCUUUCCAGUGGAACCCCAGCCAGGCGGUGUCUCCCCCUCAGACGGAACCCGAUCAGCCGUUCCCUCUGUCGGCUGAAGCCGUGGACGUGAUCACCCCCAUCACGCUGUCCACUUCGGCUCUGGUCCAGGCCAUCCGCGACGAGGUGGCCAAGCUGGCCAGAAAGCAAGCGGACAUGUUCGAGUUCCAGGUCUAGAUCUCGCUCCUCCUGUAGAACCGGAGGACGAACUGCACUCAAGCUCUGGAGCACUCUUCUUGCUGACUCUUUGGCUGCAGCCAGACUCCUGAAUUUUACUGGAAACUUCCAUUCUUUAAAAGAGCUUCGAGGUGUAUUAUGUGUUUUAUGAAAUUCUGCCUGUUUAUACAGCUUCGUCUCCUUUCCUACACCGGCAUUAUAUUUUAGCAUCGAGUAAAGAAAGCUUUUGGAUAAAAGACAAUAUCAAAUCCAUCGCUACUUUCAUAUCUAACUCAAAUUCUGAACAAACAGGAAUGAUGAAUGAUGAUGGUUAUAAAACACACACACACACACACACACAUUUUUCUGAAUCCACCAUGAAAAACUCCACUGAUCCAAAUAAAUAAAUUAUUGGCAUGGUGUGAUGAAGCGGAGUUAUUGAUACCAUCAGGAAGUUGAUUAGUUUCCUAUUUUUUUUUACACCACAAUAAUCCUAUAUCACUGUUUUUUACAUCACUAUAAUCACUGUAUUGCCAAAAGUUUUGGGACGUCUGCCUUUCCACGUACAUGAAUGUAAUAUGGAGUUGUCCCGCCCUUUACAGCUAUAACAGCUUCAACUCUUCUGGGAAGGCUUUCCACAAGGUUUAGGAGUGUGUUUAUGGGAAUUUUUGACCGUUCUUCUAGAAGCACAUUUGUGAGGUCAGGCACUGAUGUUGGACGAGAAGGUCAGGCUCACAGUCUCCACUCUAAUUCAUCCCAAAGGUGUUCUAUGGGGUUGAGGUCAGGACACUGUGCAGGACAGUCAAGUUCCUCCACACCAAACUCACUCAUCCAUGUCUUUAUGGACCUUGCUUUGGUCACUGGUGUGCAGUCAUGUUGGAACAGGAAGGGGUCAUCCCCAAACUGUUCCCACAAAGAGCAUGAAAUUGUCCAAAAUGUCUUGGUAUGAAGCUGAAGCAUUAAGAGUUCCUUUCACUGGAACUAAGGGGCGGAGCCCAACCCCUGAAAAACAACACCUGAACUCAGUGAUCUGGAGGGGUGUUCCAAUACUUUUGGCAAUAUAGUGUAUAUUAUGUGCUUUUCUGACCACUUUUUAUUAUUUUGUCACACUUUCUGUAUUUGGAAACAGGAAAUAAAUCAUAAAUGGAUGUGUAAUAAUAUUUACCGGGUCCAGUCCCAAACAGUAAUCUUCUCUAAGAGCUGUGUCAAUUUUUUAAUUGUAUUUUUCUUUCAUUUUUGUUCAUUGAUCUAUUAACAUGGAUUUAUCCGUACUUUUAUUUAUUAGUAAUUCUGAAGAGCUUCAGCAACAGAACCAGAACCAGAACUGCUGUAACUUUAAACCCUGAGCCCAAAUGAAACAGAGUUGUUUUUUUAAUUACUUAAAUUACAUUCAAAUACAUGCAUUGACUGAGAAUUUGUGCAGUUUUACACAGGAAGAAGAAAUAAACUUGUGGAUGGAUUUCGUGGAUUUGUUUUUAAAAUCU